AUGCCAGUGUCGGCGUCGUUCUCCUCGUUUUCCACGCCGAAGCAUCGAAUCCACUCGAGGGAUCACGGCCCCAAUGAUGUCUGCCCAAUCACCGCUGAGGCGUGGACGGUACUAUCAGCGUUUCUUGUGAAUCAGAUCAAGUACGGUUAUGAAAUGGAGCGAGUUAUAAGGACGGAAUUGUCGAAAUUGGGUCUGGACGGUUCCGGCGGCAUGAAACGAGGUGCCCUCGCAUUGCAGAGACCAACACAAUUUGCGUAG